AUGGGGUCCAUGCUUCAAACACUAUGCAAUGCUGCCUCUCCGAUCAUCAUUUCCGCAAAAGCAACAGUGAACGAACCUGCUGAUAGCUCAGGAUUUGGGGUGGAGGCAAGAGGUGGGGCCAGGAGCAAUAAAGUGGCUUCCGCUCCCUCCCCCCGGCCUGGCACGGUUCUGGGUUCGGGCAAGACACAAAAGACGGGUAGCAUCAGUGCCAACAACUCUGCCACCGCCUCCGUCUGCGCUGCGCAGGCCAGCGGGGCGGCGGGGCCUGGGAGCCGGUCCCCCGCCGCCGGGGCGCGCUGGGAGGCUGGGGCAUCCCUGGACGCCGCCGAAUCUGCCGGGGGCGCUUGUCGCGCAGCUCUACAGAGGCUGGGGAGCGGAGGAGGAAUGGAGAGAAAAGGCAAGACUUACUUGGGGGCUGAAGGCUCAGCCGGACUCCGGCUUCAGACUCCGGACGCGGCAGGUGUCUGGCACCGCGGGCCCCGGCGGAAGGCGCUGGCGCAGCUCCGAGCUGGGCUCCACUUCGCGAGGACGGGUAACUCCCCUUGCCACCCGGCCCCGCGCGGCGCUCUGCGCUGUCACCGCACCGAGAGACACAGGCACGCUCUGCAAAGCCUCCUCACUCCUGGAUCAUGGAGUCUACCUGUGACCCGCAUUUGAAACAUGAGGGGAACAUAAUCCAAGCCCACAACUUCAUGUGUGUGAGAUAUGAUUAAAUGAAGAAUCGAGAUGGGGAUAUUAUCCUGGAUCAUCAAAGUGAGUCCUAAAUUCAGUUGCAUGUCCUUCUAAGAGGGAACCAGAGGGAGAUUUGACACACAGAAGAGAAGAAGGCAAUGUGACCGUGGAGAUAAAGAUUGGAGUGAUUCAGCCACAAGCCUAGGAACGCUGGCAACCAGCAGAAGCUGGAAGAGGCAAGGGAGGGAUUUUCCCCAAGAGCCUCUUGAGGCAGCAUGGUCCUGUCUACAUGUUGAUUUCAGUCCAGGGAAAGUGAUUUUGGACUGCUGGCUUCCAGGAGUGUAUAAAAAUAAAUGUGUGUUGUUUUAAGCCACCAAGCUUGUGCUAAUUUACUAUAGUAACCAAAGAAAUAAAUACAGUUUGCAAAUCUGGAAGAUGACUUCCUAUACUUGAUGAUGAAAUAGAAGAAAGAUGUUCCAAGCAAUUAGUAGUUCUCCUAUGUGGCUGGUGGAGCCAGUUAGUUGGGGGAGAGAGAGGAGCAUUUGACCUCCUGCAUAAUAUUAUAUUUAUAAAAACCUUCCAAUUUAGACUUUAUUAUUAUCUACAAAUAAUAAAUACAUGCAGUA